CGCUAUCUCGCGGCCGCAGUCGUCGUGUACGCAAAAGACGGGAACGACGGACCUUUUGCUGUUCCCUUUCGUGCAAGUCCUUCGGAGUCCCGGUGCACUGGUCGAACGAGUCGGGUGCCACCAUCUCGGGCGGAGAAAGUGAAGAAAGUGAGCCCCCCAAAGUGUGUGCGUGCGUGUGUGAAAGCAGCAGCAGCACCGUGCUGGCGUGAACCUAACCUAGAAAAGAGUCACGUCAAACGACGACGACGAGGUGGAGGAAUCAAGCAAAAAAAAAAAAAAAGUUAACGAGCCGAGCUAGCAAAAAUGGCGAUCCGUCGAGAGUCGAAAAAAUGAUGUGGAGCUGCUCGUUGCGGUGAGAAGAUUUUCCACAGCGCCGCUGUGUAUCAAAAUUGUGCCCCUGCGGAAAAGGGGGAACCCGUGAAGUGACGUGACGUGCUGGAGGCACGGUAGAAGGACGGAAUAAGCUCAGCGAAAAAAAAGGAAAAAAAAGAUUGUGUUCGUUUCCUUUGUGGAACUUUUUAUUGCUUCUCUGUGCGUCUUGUACAAGAGACGACGGCGAUCUGGUCGCUGUGAGUGUGUGCGUGGCAGCGCACCGUGCCUCCCCUGUAUGUGUGCGGACGGCAGCGAAAUUUUGACAGUUCGCUGAAGAAACGCGUGCAAAGAAGAAACAAACCAUUGUACAACGGAGUAGAAGCAGAAGCGCAGCAAGCCGCGAUCAGUGGAGGAAUGGAGUGACACUUUCCGGAAGAGAGCACACAUGCACACACAACUUGGAAAAUCAAUCGCAUGAAGAUGGAUCUCGUGCCGCGGAGAACCGCCUCAGCAGCAGCAGUAGCAGUUCCCUGUAAAUGUGCCUUACGAGCAGAAUGUGACGACGACCACGUUGUUGUUGGUGAAGAAGAAGAGGAAGAAGCUGUGACAGUGGGCGAAGAAGAAGAAGAAGCGCACAACUAUUAACGAUAGUGCUCUGUAUAGUGUCACUCAAAACACACACGAACAGUCACACAAGUGCACACAUACACACCCUCACUCACUCUCAGAUGAUUGUGAACCGCGUGUGAACUGUGCUCGCGAGCUAGAAGAGAGAUUAGAGAGGAAAAAGAAGAGGGAGCAGCAGCAGCACACCCACAACAAACCGGUCCAGCCGAAUGAGCUAGUUCAACCACAAUCAACCCUCGAUUAUUUAAUGGGCCAGCAGCAGCAGAACCAGAUCUCCGGGGACAUCUUGACCCAAGACGGUAUUGUGGUGAUCGCUGCCGUAACUGAUCGAAGCCGGUUCUUCCUCAAUGAGGAGUCCAGCCAACACAAAUAUUUAGCUUUUUCCCUAAACUAUUCCUCCAAUUACAAUAACCGAUAGAAGGAAGAAGCAGGACCUCUUUGUCCACUCUUCCACAAAAAAAAAAACACACACACACACAACAGUAACGCGUAACGCGUAACAAGCAAGAACAAAGGGUAAACAAUCGCGACCAGAGACAUUACUAGCAGCAGCUUCAAUUGCAACCCCCCCUCGCGCCAACCUCCUUCCACGUUAGACCCGAAGUUGGCUAAGCCAAACAAGCGCGCCGCGUUGAUAAGUCACUCACACACACACACACACCCUCUCGCUCGGGUACAUGUGCCACCAGCAGCCCGCCGUCUCACCAAGACGUACGCGCACACUAGUCGUAGCCACUAGGCCAGAACACCAAGUCGUCGCCGCUAGUCGUCGAGAAUGGACGAGGACAGCAGCGUUGUGCUUUACCGUGCGACGACCGCCAUCGGCACUUCCGCGAUUGGCGCAGCGGGCGAGGAGCAGCAGCUCAGCUGCCAGCCCGAUGACAUCCUGGAGGUGUACGUUCCGGCCAGCAGUGUGAACACGGGCGGGGGAGUCGCCCCGGUGUGGUACCGGGCGACCAACCGGAGAAGCGGCAAGGCGGGCUAUGUGCAGUUGCACAAUCUGGCCCGUUGCGAUGGCACCAGCAUGACAACCUCCGCGUCCCCGUCGUCCCACUACCUGCCGGUAACCGGCCUGGUAAGCAGUGGUGGCAUCGUCGGCGACCCUUCCAGCACCAGCAAUACUAGUAAUAACAACAACAACAACAACAACAACGGUAGCACCGUCGAUCCGAGCACGGUGGAACCGGUCACGACGGUGGUGGCCACGAUGGCGAACCUUACGCUCACCAAGUCCACCAAGGACAGCAAUAGUCUGACGCUGAACCUGACGACGACGGCCCCUUCCGGCCACGGCAGCAGCGGCCUCGAGGACAUUUACGUCCAGUGCGUCAACCCGAGCACCGGUGCCGGUUUGGUUAAUAAAAUGGAUGAAUUUAGUAAUAAAAACAUUAACAAAUGUCACACGACCGUACCUGUUUAUUUUGUAACUCCUAUUAUCUGUUUACUUUGUCGCGACUACAUCUGGGGACUCGGACUGCAAGGACGGCAGUGUAGACAAUGCUGGUCCUGUUUCCACAUCAAGUGCUUACCGCUAGCCAUUCAUGAUAUGUGCCAAAGAAAUCCCGAAGUUUACCCGAAGAUGCCGAACACCUAUAGCUCCGACAAGUCAAUUACCGAAUGGACGUCCGCCAACGUGCUCGAGUGGAUGGCUGCUAACAAUCUGUACACCUACGCUGACGUGUUUAAAGCGAAAGAUAUCAAAGGCUGUGAUUUAUCGAACCUGGAUCGUGAUAAACUGGGACAAAUGGGUAUCAAAAAUGAAUUCCACCAGCAGACCAUCCUGGCGUCCAUCAAGGAUCUGCUGACGAGCGCGGAGAAGCCAAUCCAGAGUGGCGUGACGGUGCGGACAACGAGCGGCGGGGUCGUGUUCGGCAUGACCGGGCUAGACGAAGCCGGAGAUGUGGCCAACGCGGCGGACAAGCACUCGCAGCACGACCUCGUGGACCACUCGUUCUCGAAGCUGGUCAAAUGUGAUAAGUGUCAGCAGUACCUGCGGGGGCUGAUUCAUCAGGGACUGCUCUGUAAGCAGUGUAAUCUCAUCGUCCACCGGCAGUGCUCGGCCACGGGCGGACUCAAACCGUGCGGACCGACGCUCAUGGCGUCUUCGACCACGACGACGACGGCGACCAACUCAACGACCAACCGCAUCCAGCAGGUCUUCGGGCUGGGGCUGUGCCAGCAGUUCAACGCGGCCGAACUGCCCGCGCCCCAGAUCGUCAUCAUCCUGUGCAACGAGCUCGAGCAGAAGGCCAUGUGCGACAUGAACCUAGAUCUGUACAAACUGUACCGGACGACGCCGCCCAACUACGACGAGGUCAACAAGCUGCGCGACUCGCUCAACGAGAACCUCAUCAACACCGAUCUGUCCGCGUUCUCGCCCGAGUGCGUGGCCACCGUGCUGAAAAAGUUCCUGCGCGAGCUGCCCGACCCGAUCAUUCCGGUCAUGUUCUACGACAAGUUUGUCGAAACGUCCAAGAUCGCGAGCGACGCGGAAGCGGUGAAGCAGCUGCGGGCGUACAUCCACGAUCUGCCCAUCUACCACAACAUGACGCUCAAGUACAUCAUGAUCCACCUGAUACGAAUCUGUCGAAUGCAGUACCAGCGGGGGUUGAAGGCGCAGCCCACGAUACUGAUACAAGUUUGGUGCCAUAUCCUGAUGCGGCCGCCGUGGGAGAAGAUUGUUCAAAUCGUGUACAACACGGAGAACCACCUACGCAUCAUGGAGCUGCUGCUGUACAAGCUGGACUGGAAGGAGAAGCUGCCGGAGUUUCUGUCGACACCGGCCGUGCCCCCGCGCAAGACGUCGCGGAGUACCGGGGUCGGUUCGGCAAGCUCGUCGCUGUCCCUGUCAUCGACGUCCUCUUCCUCAACCUCCACGACGGUGACCCAGCAGCCCCAACCGGGUGCCGCAGGAGGUAGCUUGAAGAAGCCGUCGGCGAUACAAUCGCCGGCCGGCCCUACUGCUGUGAUACCGAGUCCCCUCGCGGAUGGCGCCAUGGGGACGUACAACAACACGAACGGCGUGGACGCGGUCCGGGGGAUGCGGGGGACGAUGGCGGUGGGUGACGCGGACACGCCGGCGGACCUGCGAGAGGCGGAGUGGUACUGGGGACGGAUUUCGCGCGACGAAGCCAAGGAGAAGAUGACGGACGUGCAGGACGGGUCGUUUUUGGUGCGGGACGCCACGAGCGGCGGCGGGGAGUACACGCUGACGCUGAAGAAGGACGGUACGGAUCGGGUGAUUAAGAUUUAUCACUGCAACGGGCGGUACGGGUUCACGAAGGAGUGUAAUCACGCGAGCGUGGUGGAGCUGAUUGCGUUUUACAAGCGGGAAUCGCUCAAGGAGUACAACACGAUCCUGGACAUUAAGCUGAUGUAUCCGAUUUCGCGGUUCGACGACGACAACUACUUGGGUGGAGUUGUGGGCGAGGAAGCCGGGGACGAUAAGGAGCGGAUGGCGCGGCUGUUUAUCGACACGGCGAAGCAGCUGGCGGAGAAGCAGACGGAGCGGGAACGAUUGCAGGAAAAGUACAACCAGGCGAAGGGGACGGUCGACUUGAAGAAGCAAGCCCAGGAGGCGUUCGCCGAGGCGGAAAAGUUGUUCCGGGAGCAGCUUACGAUUCAGGCCCGCUUCGAGUUUGAGGCGCAACCGCACGAAAAGUCCGGCAUCGGUGCCAACAACGUGCUGAUUCGGGAACGGAUGGAGGAGCUGGUGCUGUGCAGCCAGCAGCUGCAGCAAGCGAUGGAAGAGGAAAAGGCCAACAUUAUGACCUUCGAGCGGGAGCUCAACUCGCUCAACCCGGAACUGAUGACGCUGAGCAAAACCAAGGACCACUAUCUGGAGCAUCUGCACCGGCUCAAGUUCACCGACGGCGAAAUCAAACAGAUGCUCGCCGAUGGCAACUGGUCGGCGGCGCCGAGUUCCAACCUUCCGCACGAGGACGAAACCACCUGGCUCAAGAUCGCGUACAACCGGCAGCAGGCGGAGCAGGAACUCGCCGGUCGACCCACCGGCACCUUCCUCAUCCGGGGUCGCGUCGGCGGUCAGUUUGCGCUGUCCAUCACGUGCAACGAAACGGUCAACCACUGCAUCAUCCACCAGACGGAGCGGGGUUACGGGUUUGCCGAACCGUACAACAUCUACGGUUCGCUCAAGCAACUCGUGCUGCACUACGCGAACAAUUCGCUCGAGGAGCACAACGACACGCUGCAGACGACGCUCAAGUAUCCGGCGCUGGCUCUGCCCAGAACGGCCUCCAACUAGGUUUUGAUUUGAUUUGAUGUUCCCCCUCACACUCAACUCACCAGUUCCGCAGAAGUCGUCUCUCGUUUUGUUAUUUUGUACAGCUUGGUUGAUUUUUUGUAAGAAGAAUCGUGGUAAAAAACGCAUUUUAGAAUGGGUAGCGCGCGCACGAGGCGGUUCGCAAUUGGCUUCCCAAUUACCUAUUUCUUUCUUUUUUUUUUUCAUUAGCUAGGAAUAUAUAUAUGUAUUUAUAUAUACUAAUUAUGAAAUACAAAAUACAGCUGCGUCGCGCGUUGCGUUGAGAAUGAAUUUUUGCUCCUGGAGCGAAUAGGAAUAAAACAGCGAAAACAA